AUGGAUUGUGCAGUUUAUGUAGAGGAGAUGGGACCGUAUGGAAAGUAUAAUAUUGAAUACUAUGGAUGUGCUUAUCGGUUGCCAGAAGAUGGCUACAAUUACACUUCAACAAGGGGCCUAACCACACAGGAAAACUACCCUUAUAGUGGAAUCAAUGAAACUUGUCAAAAACAAGAUGCGUCAAAUUAUGUAGUUAAGAUUAAGGGCUAUGAGUACCCUGCGUCUAGUGAGACAUCACUGAUGAAAGCUGUAGCAAACCAACCUGUCGCUGUUACCAUUCGUACUGGAGGCGAUUUCCGAUUCUAUUCUAGUGGUGUUUAUGCAGGAGCUUGUGGUGAUCUGCGCGAUGAUGUUCAUUAUGUUACAAUAGUUGGUUAUGGUACCAGUGAUGAUGGUUUAGAUUAUUGGCUUAUUAAGAAUUCGUGGGGUACUGAUUGGGGUGAGGAUGGAUACAUGAGAUUCUUGCGAGGUACGGAUGAUAAGGAAGGUCUUUGUCUCAUUGCCACCGAAGCUGCUUACCCUAUUGUCUAA